UGGCUGUAAAUAGUUUUCAUCUGGAUGUUCCGGUCUUAUUUCAGAAACACCAUCCGUGAAGGAUACAUUGACAGAGAGAGAGAGAGAGAGAGCAGUCUGAUUCGUCUUCAAUUCGUCCGGGCACUGCAAGAUAAUGUCUUACACAGCGGGGUCUUAUGUGGACAAGUCCUACAUGGGCAAACCCUAUGGUGGCAGUGCCUACACCAGCUACAUGGAUGAGAAGUCUGCAAAGGAGGUGUAUGAUGAACAACUCAAGACUGAGAAGAGAAAACGACAGGAAUCUAUGUACUGUGAGGUCUUGGCGCUGGUCAUCGGAUUCAUCGGACUGAUCGGCGUCGCUACCGUCACAGGCCUCCCCAUGUGGAAGGUGACGGCCUUCAUUGAGGAGAACAUCAUUGUCAUGGAGACUCGUUGGGAGGGCUUAUGGAUGAACUGUUACCGGCAAGCCAAUAUCCGGAUGCAGUGCAAAGUGUAUGACUCUUUGCUAUUUCUUCCGGCCGACCUCCAGGCCGCCAGAGGCCUGAUGUGCGCCUCAGUGGCGCUGACCUUCUUCGCCUGCAUCGUGUCAGCCAUAGGAAUGCGCUGCACGCGACUCGUAGACUCCCGGCCCAGGACCAAACACAUCGUUUUGGUCAGCGGAGGCUGUUUGUACCUGGCCGGCUGCGUAACCACUAUCAUUCCCGUCUCUUGGACGGGUCACGUGAUCAUUCAAGACUUCUACAACCCGUUGUUGAUCGAUGCCCAACGCAGGGAGCUCGGAGAGGCGCUCUACAUCGGAUGGGUCACUUCGGCCAUCCUCUUCUGUGCCGGAGUUAUUCUGCUUUGUCGACACGCUCCACGGACCCAGGAGAAAGAGAACAUGGCGUCAGUGCUGUAUCGGGCCGGAUCAGCCCCGUAUAACUACUCAUACAGACCCGGAAAUGGAUACCAGCCCGGUUACACUUACCAGCCCGCAUACAGCUAUCAGCCGGCGUAUUCUCCAGCGCCACCUGCGGUCUAUAACCCACCACGAUACUGAGACACACAGUGAGCGAAUGCUGUGUUUUAACAAUAAAAAUCUCCUGAAGAGAUUCCUAAAAGAGACUAAAAUGGAUACACACUCCAGAUGAUUAUUUGGUGUCAGAAAUUGGAAGGAAGAUGGCCAAAUGGAUCUUGUUAGUAGGGGGUAGUUCACGUAAAAAUGUAAAUUCUGUGAUUUAUUCAUAAAAUUAGUAUUCAAUGCAACAGGAUGUCUCAGUCACCAUUCACUGUCAUUGCACAGUGUAAGUGAAUGGUGACUGAGGCUAACAUUGUUUUUUUGGUGUAAUAUCAGUUCAGUACUGCUGAUUAUCUCUGUGACUGUGUAUAUAUGUGAAGGCUAAAUGAGAUUUUCCUGAUUAUGAACGCACUUCCCUGAAAUUCAGAUUUGUCUUGUAUAAGAAAACCGUUCAUAACUUACAUUUUGCACAAAAUAAUAUCUGGGUAAUACCUGCUGAAAUUGAAGUGUUUUAAGGAUACAGCAUACAAAAAAAGUGGAAUAUUUCCACAGCAUUUAACUAAGAUCACUGUUGGAAAUGUGACGUAAUUGUGUAUGUUUUCUUGUGUUUUUUUAUUUUUUAUAUUCGUCCAUUUGUAAGCACUGGUCUAACCAUAAACAUGUGAAAAAAGAUCAAAUAAACAUGUGUUAAUGAUCAGUUCCUGGUCUAAACCCAUAGCUGAACACUGACUCACAAUGUCUUUAAAUAUUCCCAUCCUGGAUCCAACCAAACAACAUUUUGUUGUUCUUCAGUCCAGCAUUCGUGGCACUGGUAGAGCCAGUUGAGGUAGUUCGCUGAAUACGAUUUUACCGUGAAUGUUUCUUUGUUUUCAGAGGAAAUGUUCCAGAACUUACAAUUGUCACACCCCUAAUACAAAUUUACAGCUGACAUGAGAGAAUGUGAAAGAGAAAGAGACGCUAAAGAAAGUCAUGAUCUAAGAUCAGUGCAUCAAAAUAACGUCCAACUUUAUCAUCAGAACUCUCUUCUUGACUCAGUGAAUUAACUAAACUUGCAAGAGCCCAAGUGAAAAGAGCUCACCUGCCCACCUAAAUACAGCUUGAAUCCUUCCUUUAAUGCUAGAAAAUGUCUGUUUUUUGUUUUUGUUUUUUACUCUUUUCUUACUCUUUUUAAACUCUCCACCAGGCAAAAAUCAUCAAUUCAAUAUCUCAGAAAAGUAAAGCACAGUUCACACCGCCAGCGACAUAAUCGCAUGAUGUCACUAGUCCUUGUACUGUAUGUUGCUAGUGGCCGUUCUUACUGCUGUCGCUCUAAUGUUAUUGGUGGACUGCUCAACUGGCCGUAGCUUUCAUAAUAAAUCUCGAACUGAUUGACAAAUUCACUUGUGUAAUGGAUUGCUGUGAACUGUGUGUCAAUGAUUGACUUAUGAUCAAUAAUAUGGUAGUAAACAAUACAUUGUAUUCUAAAGCCACUUUUUGU